AUGGACCAGUGUCUUGGGAAGAGAGUUGUGAAGGAGGAAAAGUUCCCACAUACUCAGAAACUCCCUCAUAGGUGGGGACACAGGAGCACUUGGGAAUUUCAGAGAGGAACACAGCAACAGGUGUUUGGAUGGAAGCAAAACGGACAGAAUUCACCACAGAAAUUGUUGCCAACCCGCACUUCCCAGCUGCGUCAGUGUUUGCAUGCCGGGAAGUACAAGCCUUGGCUGCGGACUGCGACCCCAGAGAUUGAUAUGCUGCUGGCUACCACCAAAGCCUGUGGAACAGACCUGGAGAUCAGCCUACAAACGAAGGGAGGUCAAAUCAAAGCUGAGCACCAGAGGCUGUGUGGCCAAAGAAGAGGAAGGGAAUUUGUUCCUGCGGUCAUAGGUGCACUGGUUAAAUCCCCACAGUUUGCCUGA